CACUGUUUACAAUAAUAAAUGUUAUAUUGUGUACAGAAAUGUAAAAGCAACAACAAUGAGUAGUUAAUAUAUACAAAAAUUGCAAAAACUCGAGUAUAUUAUCAACUGUUUAAUGGUCGAAAUGCAAUGCCUUCGCUUAUCUAUUAACGCAUAGAAUUCGCGUUAUCGCCAGGUGAUCGUCGCGUUGUUCACCUUUCCGCAUAAAUCGAACAAGGAGAGAAACCUGUAAUAUAACAUUAUCUACCUGCGAGGCAAUUGCACAGAAAUAUUUGAUUACAUCAUUCCGUUUGUCAUAGUCGCGGUGUUUGUGUGUGUGUUUUGUGUAUAAACAUUUAUAAGUAUUGUAUAAAUACUUUAAUCUUUCUCGGACGAUAAAAACCAAAGUAUAAAAUUACUCAACUUAAAAAGUGCGACGAUUAGUACAGUGGGCAAAAUGGAAUAGAAUAUCUGGAGAGGGAGUUGAUAUUGAUAAUAAACAAAAAUCGCAAUCUAAUCUGGACACCAGAUAACGGCAACAACCGAACCUUCGAUUCUGUGAUCAUGAUAAAAUUACCUUUCCGAACGUCGAACGUGUUCUAUUUACAUUAAGAUGGGUUCUUCGGUGAGGGUGCGCGUUACGACUGUCCUAAAGGAGUUGGAAUUUUCCAUAGCGGCAAACAAAUCGGCGAGGGAAUUGUUCCUGCACAUCUGCAAGAGCAUAGGCAUCAGGGAAACAUGGUUCUUCGGAUUGUACUUCAUGAACGAAUCCCAGGAGAAGAUAUGGAUCGACGCUUCCAAAAAGAAAAUGAGCAUUUACAGGCCGAUGGCUUUGAAGCUCCAAUUCAUGGUCAAAUACUGUCCGGAGGAUGUGCAGCAAGAUCUGAUCGAACAUAUUACGUUGAAGCAUUUCUAUUUGCAAUUGCGAUCGGACAUAAUGAGUGAUAACAUCUACUGCCCACCAGACACUUGCAUUUUGCUGGCAUCUUACUUUGCUCAAGUGAAGUACGGCGAUUACGAUGACAGACUCGCGCUUGAGAAGGAGAAAUUCCUACCGGAAAGGGUGUAUAAGCAAUAUAAUUUGAACAAGACGGAGUUUCUUACUGCGAUAAUUUCCAUGUGGAAGAAGCAUCUGGGUAUGAACAGCGAUGAGGGUAUGCUGGAGUACUUGAAAAUCGUGCAGAAUUUGGAGAUGUUCGGCAUUCAUUACUUCUCGAUUUUCAACAACAAAGGGUCUAAAGUGCUGAUGGGCGUCUACCCUCUGGGCUUGAACGUUUUCAAACUCGAAGACAAAUUGAAUCCGGUGAUUAUGUUCCCGUGGUCAGAAAUUGGACAUUUGAAUUUUAAAGGUAAGAAGUUCAUCAUCAAGACAAUCGACAAGGCAGCGGCGGAUUUCAUCUUCUUCACGGAAGACCCGAAGAAGAACAAGAGAAUCCUCAAUUUAGGAAUCGGUUACCAUCAGCUGUACAGAACCAGGAGGCAACCGGAAAGCUUGGAGAUCGCGCAAAUGCGCGAGAUUGCGACCCACCAGAAGAUAGCAUUACAAGCUCAAAAGGAUAAGUUUAUUGAUGAAGUGAAGUUGCGGCAGAGCGUCGAAAUACGGUACAAGGAGGAAAUCAAAAUACUGCAGGAUGAGAUCAAGAAGAUGCAGAAGAACCUGAUGGAUUCGCAGGAGACGAUAGAGCGUCUGAACAAGCAGCUCGCAGAUAUCGAGUUAUCCAAGAAGGAACUGGAGAGCAAGCAGAGGGAGUUGGAGCAGAUGAUGAAGCGACUCGAGGAGAGCAAGAACAUGGAGGCCGCGGAGAAAUUAAAGUUGGAACAGGAAAUCAAGAAUAAGCAGAGCGAAUUGAGCAUUUUCCGCGAAGAAGUGUCGGCCAAAGAUGAAGAAACAAAGAGGCUUCAAUCGGAAAUCGAGGCUGCAAAGCAAUACCAAGAGAAAUUACUGCAGCAGCAGCUGGAAGAAACCGCGAGACGCGAAGAUGAACAGAAGAAAUUGGAGAGUUUAGUAGCGUCCGCUCAUUCGGAAAUACCGGAACUCACUAAAGUGAAUGAGGAAUUAAGUAAACAGCUGGAGCAAUUGCAAACCAAAUUGGAAUCGACGAGGAACGAAGCGUUGGAAACUAAAGAGGAUAAAAUCCAUAGGGAGAAUGUGAGAGAUGGUAGGGACAAGUACAAAACGCUGCAGGCGGUGCGAAAGGGAAACACGACGAGGCGCGUGGAUCUCUUCGAGAAUUUGUAGAAUGAUAUUAAUUUAUAAUUAUUGAAAAUAUUAUCGCCAUUUGUCGUGUGUGUAAGUGGUGCGUAAGUAAGUGUAAGUCAUUUAUUUAAUUUUGGAAAUUACGAAUCCGAAUUAUCUUAUCUAAUUUAUUAAUUAUUACACAUUGUGUUUCUCAAUAAUCGAUAUUGGUUUAUCCGAUCCAUCAAUUAGAAGGCUAUGAUAAAUUCGAUUCAGUACAUUGCAUUCUAUAGAAAUGAUUAAUUCAUGUAAUUCACUGUAAAACAAUAUACACUAUUUAUCUAA